AUCCGUCAUACGGAUACUACAUACAAAUAAUCAAGAAUUAUGAGAGAAAAGUGGAAAGCUCUGUUGCUAUUGCUUCAGCUGCUUGCUCAUUUGGAAUCGGGUCAAGCUAUUUGGUUUCCCUGGUACUUUCAGCGCUACGGACUAGCCCCACAUUCAUCCCGCCAUGGCGGAGGUCAUAAGAACAACACAGACCCCGGGUCAACCUGCCCACCAGGCUACGAAAUAAAGGCAUCAGUGGCAGGAUUGUCUGGCGGAACGGCCGGAUGUGAACGCGUAGUUGGAUCGAAAGCAGGACGCCUUUGCGACGAUAAUCCCGUGUUGAUGCAACUGGCGCGUCUCUAUGUGGUGAGUCCUGAGAGGAUUGUCCUGCUCCUGGCGCAGCCAUCACUAACCGAGUCCUGCGCCGAGAUCACCGAUGUGCUGGACAAUAUUCGGAACUCCAUGCGCAAUUGUGUCUUGGCACCGGAUAACAUAUACGGAAGACUAGCUGAUGGACUGAGCUACUUCCAAUCGGAGGUCUGCGUUGGUGGCGAUGGCAGCAACAGGAAGCGAUGCACUGGACUCCAGGAGUCGCACAACUGCCUCAAGGAACUCCGGACGGACAUGAUCGAGUGCGAGGCACCGGCUGAUUGGUACGAACGCAGGAAUGCCAGCAAGGUGUGCCACAUAUUCAACGAUGUUCUCGACUGUUACUAUACGAGGGCAGCCUUGUUGUGCGGACUUGAGGUUGCCAGGCAACUAAGGUCCUUCGCAGGCGACAGCAUGGGCAGAGCCAUGAUCCACAAGUGCGAGGUCAGCAAAAGGCUACCCCGGGUUGAUAAUGCCAUGCCCGUCAACGCAAGUAGUGGGGCUAGCUUAAGGUCAUCAUGGUUAGGUGCACUUAUUUCAUGGAUUUUCGUUAUUUAUUUUUCAGACAUUAAAUAUAUUUUUGGAUUAUUGGUAUAUUAA